AUGGACAACCCCAGCCAUCGAAAUCAUCAUUCAAUUAUUCAUUCCCCAAACACUGCCACUCCAAGUUAACUGAAGCAACAAAGGCACCGCAGAGCAGAGGAAGCAGAGCUCCACCUCGAGCUCAGCAAUGGCCGGCAGCACCUGGGUGAUGCUGGAGCAGAAGGGGGCCGGGCCAGGAGCAAGGAGCUCCCACGCCAUCACGCUCAUCGGCGGCACGGCCUACUCCUUCGGCGGCGAGCUCACCCCGCGAGUCCCCGUGGACAGCACCAUGUACGCCUUCGACCUGAAAACCCAAUCCUGGUCGGCUCUCACCUCCGCCAGCGGCGACGUCCCGCCGCCGCGGGUCGGCGUGACCAUGGCCGCCGUCGGCGACACAGUCUUCGUCUUCGGGGGCCGCGACAAGGCCCACACGGAGCUCAACGAGCUCUACUCCUUCGACACGGCCACCGCCACCUGGUCCCUCCUCUCCUCCGGGGACUCCGGCCCGGCCCACCGGAGCUACCACUCCAUGGUGGCCGCCGACGACGGGAAAGGCGGCGGGGUCGUGUACGUGUUCGGCGGGUGCGGGAACAGCGGCAGGCUGAACGACCUGUGGGCGUACGACGUGGGCACCCGGCGGUGGGAGGAGCUGCCGGCGCCGGAGAAGGAGAUCUGCGCUCCACGUGGCGGGCCGGGGCUGGCAUUCGCGGCGGGGAAGGUGUGGGUGGUCGGCGGGUUCUCCGGGGACAAGGAGCUCGACGACGUGCACAGCUUCGACCCGGCCACGGGCCAGUGGGCCGCCGUCGGGACCACCGGGGAGCGGCCCAGCCCGCGCAGCGUGCUCUGCGCGGCCGGCGUCAAGGGGAAGGAGAAGGGGACGGAGUACGUGGUGGUGUUCGGCGGCGAGGUGGAUCCCAGUGACCUCGGCCAUCUCGGCGCCGGCAAGUUCUCCGCCGAGGCCUUCGCGCUGGACACCGAGACGGGGAUUUGGGCCAGGCUGCGGGAGGAAGAAGAAGAUGAUGAAGGCGGCGCCGAGCGGCAACACCCGGGGCCUCGGGGCUGGUGCGCGUUCUCGGCCGGGGAGCUUGAUGGCCGGGCCGGGAUGCUCGUCUACGGCGGCAACUCGCCCUCCAAUGACCGCCUCGGCGACAUGUUCUUCUUCGCGCCGCUUCUUUGAUGUCUUGAUCAAAUCAGCUGUCGUGAUUGUGCCUGGAGAUAAUAAUGAUGUUCUUGUCGUAUCCCACCUGCUGACUGCUGUGCCUGCUUUACGGAGCACAAAACAAAACAAUGGGCGCAAGACGAGAUGUCACCGUAUGUAGCUGCUCCACACGUAAACACCACUAAGAAAGUAGAGCACUCCUGAUGAUAAGUUUGAUUGCUCGCUUAGUUUAUUAUUCUCCUGGACCUGUGUGUUCGUGUGACACUGUGACGUGACUGCGUCUAAUUUUUAUUGUUUCGAUGAA